GCUUUGAAUCGCGUCCGAAGAGUGGAGGAACUGGUGUCAUUCGGGCCGGUAAUUCCGGUAGCUCGCGAGCCUUGGCAUCCGUUGCCCGUCAAUCACAUUUGACUUGCCCACCAUCGACGACGAUGUCUUCCCUAAUCUCCAUUGUCCGCAGUAAGUUCCUGGACGCUAUUCGAUCAGUGAACCCCCCCGGACGAUGGAAGAUCCUGGUUGUCGACGAGCAUUCUCAAAAGCUUCUGGGUACCGUAUUGAAGCAGUUCGAUAUUUUAGAAGAGAACGUCACCCAAAUUGAAUCUAUCUCGAACUACAGAGAACCUCAGGCAGGGUUUGAGGCACUUUAUCUAAUUAUGCCCACUACGCAGAAUGUCGAUCGAAUUUUGAAAGAUUGGGAGACCCAACAGUAUGCUGGAGCACACUUGUUCUUCAUCGAAGGACUACCGGAACCAUUAUUCCAAAUGCUAAUGCCCGCAGAAUCUUACAUGCGAUGUUUGAAGGAGCUCUUCAUCAACUUUCGAGCGGCGGAAGCCCAAACAUUUACCUUUGAUAUGCCUGAACAGUUUUUUAGCAUGUACAGUCCCCCGCGGAAUGAAAGGGAAUAUCCAGAGGGGAGGGGGAGGUUAGAAGAAGAUCUGCAGUUCACAAGUAAACUAAUAGCUAACGUCUGUAUAACCCUCAACGAAUUUCCUUUCAUCCGGUACUAUGUGCCAGCCAACCAUUCACCACUAGGUCCCCUGAAACCCCACACUUCCACACGCCCACCGCCUCCAUCAGAAGGAAGUGGACGGUGGAGAACAAAUCUGGCUCGGGGUGGGGAUGCCAGGGCGUACGAAUCUGUAGAAGGAGAUUUUGUGACCAAGCUCCUAGCAUUUAUGGUGCAACGACAUCUGGAAGAGCAUAAAAAGUCCAAUCCAGAUUUUGGGAAGUCCGAGGCUCGUGCUCGUUCGACGUUGAUAAUAACAGACCGUUCCAUGGACAUGAUUGCUCCCUUCCUUCAUGAAUUUACAUACCAAGCGAUGAUACACGACUUACUGCCCAUACAAGAUGGUUCCAAAUACACGUAUAAAUUCCAGUCUUCCGUGGGAGCUUACGAGGACAAGACUGCUACGCUCUCGGACUCUGAUCGUGUUUGGACUGAAGUCCGGCACAUGCACAUGCGCGAGGCAAUAGACAGACUCAUGGCCGACUUCAACAAGUUCCUAGAGGAUAAUGCUGUGUUCAGUGGAGAUGGAGCUGCCAACUUGAACGACAUGAAGGAUAUGUUGGCUAGUCUGCCUCAAUAUCAGGAACAGCGAGAAAAUUUCUCUCUUCAUCUGAAUAUGGCACAGGAAUGUAUGGAUAAGUUCGAGAAAGAAAAGCUCCCAUUGGUAGCAAAUGUUGAGCAGAAUUGCGCGACUGGAGUGACUGCCGAGGGUAAAUCUCCCAAGCACCUAGUGGAAGACAUGGUACCGCUGUUGGAUAGUAAAGACGUCGUGAAUAUGAAUAAGGUUCGAAUGAUCGCUCUGUACAUCCAAUACCGAGAUGGCGUCCCGGAUGAGGACCGUCGCCGUUUAUACCAACAUGCUCGGCUAUCGCUGGCAGAGCAGGACGCGAUCAAUGCAUUGACAGAAUUCGGUGUUCGGAUCUCUAGGGGAACUGGGGAUCGAGACAACAAGAAGAAACUCAAAGCAAAGACCAGCGAUGACGAUUAUGAGCUCUCGAGAUACAAGCCAUUCUUGAGGACAGUAGUCGAGGAUCAUGUCGCCGGCAAACUCGAUACCUCGCUCUUUCCUUAUGUGAAGGACUCGCCUUCAGCAGCACCCCUACCAACGAGCCUACGAUCACAGUCUCCAGCCCAACCAACGUCUCUGCGUAGUCAGAAACCGGCGUGGCAUCGAGCGGCCAGGCCUGGCGUGACUAAUGAAGCUCGACAACGCUUGUUACUUUUUGUUGCUGGCGGCAUGACAUUCUCCGAAAUCAGAGAAGUCUACCAAUUGUCUUCUUCUCUGACCAAGGAUAUAUACAUAGGCGACUACCCUUUCGUUUUUUAAGUUUCAACGGUUUGUAUCUGACGCCCGCUUCUCUGCCAGGUUCAUCACACACCAUUACGCCGCGUCAUUUCGUCGAUGACCUCAAAGUAGUCACUCUGGGAGGUGUGGGAUCUCGAGUUAGCCCAAGUGGCUUGCGGGAAUUCCAGGGAAAACGUUCUCUGCAGGAGUUCUACGACGAAAGGUAUUUCACGAAGGAUGGCCCACGACCACAACCUCGGCCGGCUGCCGCUACCACGAAGUCGGCUUCAUCAGUGUUUAAAGCACCGAAAAUUGAACAGACCUCAUCAUAUGAUUCGUCUAACUCGAUGUCACCCUCGUUAAAAGAGGAGAGGAAGAAGAAGAAGGGUUUGUUCAGGUUUUGAUUGCGUGGAUGUUUUACUGUGACUUUGUAGUGUGGAAUUUGGAUGCCAAUGAUACCUUGAUCUGAUUCUUUCCGUUACCUCUAAUUCGACAAAUAAGUUGUGUUAUUGAACAUUUCCCUUUGAUUGCACGUAACUUUAACCAUACCCACAACUAGAUUGAUAUGACAUAAUAAUCAGGAUGGA